UUAGGUGGUUACCCAAACUCUAGUACUUCCACGGGGAGGAGGAAUUUCACUAUCAUCGUACGGUGGGGAAGAUGAUUUGUAAAAUGGCAGAGGAGAGGAGACACUUGGCUCACUAUACUCAACUCACCUCUCUUGCUCUCACCUUCACCGGAGCCCCGGCUCACUCGACUCCCGUCCCUUUUAAACUAUGUGGCAACUACACUAUGGGCGUGGAGAUUCUAUAACUGGCAUGGGUGACCCCUAAGAGGAUUGAAAAAGUCCCAAGGGAGCAGGGGACCUCAAAGAAGCCCACUCCAAAUCCGUUGGCAUCGACGACGAUACCAUUCCACGCAUCUAUCCUAUUGUCCACAAAUCCAUUCAAAAAUAUGAAGAUGACCAAAUCAACUGGGACGGUUGAGUUGGACGUGCACCCUCUCAUUGAGACUGUAACGUGCGGGUGAUGUGAUCGCACGCGUCGCAUAUGGCAGCUCCUAUAGUGAAGGAAAGAAAGUAUUUCGGUUGAUCCAAGAGAUGAAUGGAUCUUACUGUCAUACUUCAGCCCAGACCAAUCAUCCCCUACUCUCAUUAUUUGCCUACUAGGACCCAUCUGAGAAUAAGGAAAGUAAACAAGGAACUAGAAGAUUACCCAAGGGACAUGAUCAAGAGAAGGAUGAAUAAAAUGCAGGGAGGAGCUGCCACAAAAUCAGAUUUACUUGGUCUGCUACUGGAAUCGAAUUUCCAGGCAAUAAAACAAGGGAACGAGAGCGCUGGGCUGUCGAUGGAAGAUAUCAUCAACGAGUGCAAGCUGUUUCACUUUGCUGGGCAUGAGAGUUUUGGUCUUCUGCUUGUUUGGACGACGGUGAUGCUGAGUCGGCCUCCUAAGUGGCAGGAGAGAGCCAGAGAAGAGGUUUUCCAAGUUUUGGGGAAAGAGAGGGCACCCUCUUAUGAUGACCUUAGCCGACUUAAAAUUGGAAGUAUGCAUUCGUCCUUCUCACAAAGUUUUCGUAAGAGAAAAUUUUAUCGGCAAAGAAAGUUUCGUUAUCUCAAAAAAUAUGCCAUGAGAUGUAGUGAGUUGUAUCUAGCCAGUUGUUUUUAUUAGCUCCUUCCCUUAGAUUUUAACUUCCAUCUUAGAAUCAUGAUUCUGUAAUUCAAGGAUUCUCAAGAAUUAGCUAGAUCUGAGUUUUUUAUUUU